ACCUCCCUUUCGGUUUUCGGCUUUGGCAUUUCUUGUAGGACCCUUAUUUUAUCUAGAUCCACUUCAAUCCCUUUUCACUGACAACAAAGCCAAGCAGUUUGUCUGAUGUUGCACCCUGCUUUCUCACUACUGCUCCCUACUCUCUCCUCUCUAUGAGUCUCUUUCAACGCGCCUUCUCUCUCUCUCUCUGACGGUAAGAUAUUGAAUCUAUACAACAGAUUUUAUAAUUUAAAACAAUAGCUAUUUUUUUUUUUUCUUCUUGUGAUUUGCAGAUCGAUCGAUCUAGCUAGAGUUCAUCGAAUCGUUUCUCUCAAUCGUCGGCAUCAAGUUGGUAUGGGAGGUAUAGGAAAUGUGAGAGCCGGUGGAGGCUUUCAACCUUCUCGCCCUAGACGCAGCAGUGGGACCUAUCAUCGGGGAAGACGAUUGGCAGUGCUAAGGCAUGUGAGGGACUCUACUACUUUGAGGAGGCAAAUACGAGUGAACAAUGUUAUGGAUGUUAAGGCUCCACUACUUCAAAUGGCAUUUAAGAAAACAUUUUCCAAGAAAGUUGUGCAUGUUGAUGAGAAAUUUUCCAUCAAAUUCAAAGGAGCACAAGUUCUUCUUACUCUAAUGGAAGCUCGUCGUGGUAACCGUGGGGUGAAUGCUAGAGGUCCCUGGGUUGUAAGGGGCCUUGAAGUUCUUGCCAAGUACAUAGGAGAUUCGGAGGAAAAAAUGAGGAAAUUAUUCGAGUCUGCUCUUGAUGACCACAAAAAAUAUGGAAAUAUGAGUCUGCUGCAUAUAAUUAUCGUCGAUGAAAUUGAUUCGGUGGCAAGAAAAAGCGGACUAUAUGUAGAGGAUGGUAAUCACAGGGUUCUAAAUCAGUUUUUAUCCCUAAUUGAUGGAUUUGACUAUUUGAAUAAUAUCUUUCUUAUCGGAACUACAAAUCAACGGAUAUAAUUGACGAAGUAUUAUUGAGGCUUGGUUGGCUCGAACUCAAUCUAGAAAUUUCCAUUCCCAAUGAACAAGGAAGGGAACAAAUUCUAAAGGUGCGUUCAAGCAAUAUCCAGAAAGAAGGAUUCCUUCAACCGGAUUUUGAUUCCGAACAACUUGUUACAUGCCGGUCGGCUCGAACGCAAUCUAGAGAUUUCUAUUCCCAAUGAACAAGGAAGGGAACAAAUUCUAAAGGUGCAUUCAAGCGAUAUCCAGAAAGAAGGAUUCCUUCAACUGAAUUUUGAUUUCAAACAACUCGCUUCAAUGAUUGAAAAUUGGAGUGGUGCUGAAUUGGAAUCCCUUAUUCAAGAAGCAUUUUCCAGGGCUAUAGUUCAAGCUAACGACGGUUUCCAGUGUUUUGAGGAGGAAAAACUCAGAAUUACUGAAGAAGAUUUCCUUGUUUGUUUCUGUUAUAUUCAAAAUAUGAAGGAGUGUGGACGGGCAUGAGUCUCAUGUUAAUGGGCUGGUAUACAUGAAUGGGUAGAUGAAACGUAAUGCAUGGAAAUUUUCCUUGAGAGGGUGGAACAAAUUCAGAUGAUAAUUUUCAAUUGUGUUUUCCAACAUGUUCUGGAAAAUGUAAAAAUUGUCAAGAUGAGAAUGUUUAGGUAUAAUUCUUAUAGAUGGUAAGUUAGGUGUAACUCUUAUAGAAAAUAAGAUAAUUGAGAGAUGACUCAAAUGGUUUGGACACUUGCAAUGUGUGCCAGUGAGGAAGAACGAGUUAGUUACUGUGGGAGGUAGUAGAAGGAGUAGAUAUAGACUUAAAAUAACUUGAAAUGAUAUAGUGAAUAAGAAUUUAAUAGUCCAAAAUUUGUCAAAAGAAAUGAUCUAUGAUCGCAUAAAUUGGCGGAAAAUGAUUCAUAUAAUUGAUCCUAUUUAGUGAGACUUAA